AUGAUUACCCCGCGCCUCGGGUCCCCGCUCCUGCCCUGCCCCGGCAGGAGGGAGCACCAGAGGUUUGGGAAGCAGGAUGCUGGCACUGGGGCACCCGGCACUGCCGGUUGGGCCGCCUGCCCCGAGACGGGCCCCCCGAGCGAGUCCAGCCAGGAGCCCCUCUUCCGUGGGGCGGACCGCUACGACUUCGCCAUCAUCGUCCCCGCCGGUGCCAUGGAGUGCUUCUGGCAGUUCGCGCACCAGAGCGGCAACUUCUUCUUCAGCUACGAGGUCCAGAGGGCCACAGGGAUCGCCAACAGGAACAUACUGGCCACGGCGAGGGACCCCAACGGCUUCCGCCUCGCAGAGGCUCUUCUACUCAGGGAACGACAAUCCCCGUUUCUCUCCGCAGGUUUCUACCAGCUGUGCCUGGACAACCAGCACAGCCACUUUGGCUUCAUGCAGGUCUAUCUCAACUUCGGUGUCUACUACGAAGGCCUCAACACGGAAAACGAGCAGCUGGAAGAGAGGAAAAAGCUGAACGACACUCUGGAAGCAAUCAGGGUGAGAGUCAGGCUGCAGAUCAAAAUCUUACACAUGUGGCGCUUCUACAACUUCGCCCGGAUGCGGAAAGGAUCCGACUUCUUCCUCCAGGAGUCCAACUACAACUACGUCAACUGGUGGUCGAUGGCGCAGAGCUGCGUCAUCGUCCUCUCCGGCAUCCUGCAGCUCCACUUCCUGAAGCGCCUCUUCCAGGCACAAACCCACGGCAGGCAGCAGUGCUAG